AUGUCGGUCCGUCAUGGCACCCUGAUCGGUCUGGGCAUCCUGCUUCUGUCUGCAGGAUUCAUCAUGGCCUCCACUUCUUUCAGCCACUCAAUGCUGUUAACUGUUCUUGGAAUAACACUUGGCGUGGGGGGUAUGGGCCUGUUGGUCACCGGAGUCCGCAUGGCCAUGAAUAAUGUCCAGGUGACAGUGCCAGGUCACUACCUCUUGCACCCCCGCACAGGGACACGCUUCAACCCGCAGCAGGCCCUGGCCAUACAAAGGAGGUUGGAUCGAAUGCGUCGGGAGAUGUCAGCUGACUCUGUCACCAGGACACCAGAACCUGAACUGUCCCUGCCAUCUACCCCUCCUCCCUGGACCAUGGAGCCACCUCCAUCCUAUGACAUGGUGAUGAACAGCCAGGAGAACAGCGAGCAGCUUUAA